AUGGACGCUGGUGAUCCAGCGACUCCAACUGACGCCAGUCAUCCUCCACAAUCUCCUUCGGAACAGACACCUCGCAAGCUUCCAGACGACCUGCCGACAUCCCUAGAUGACCGUCGUCCAUUUUCCAGCUAUGGCGAGGAAACCGAGUUAUAUGAUGGAUGGCAAGGCAAGCAGCCCUCACAGUAUAUCACGGCACCCACCCCUGCAAGAGCCCUGACAUUCGACCUGCAUCUGGAUACCCCGGCCUACGAUGAUGAGGAGACAUUCGCCCGCAUACAGGACAGCGACUCGCGCCUGAUGGAAAUGGUGGCAGCUCAGGCGCAUCACAGAGAGGAUGGCAGUCCUGGACAGGAUGAAGAUGCCAUCGCCAUGGACGACAAGCUCUCGGACAGUGAGAAAAAAGAGAUUCUACAGAAAAGCCUUAACAUGGCAGCAAGUAAUGGAGAUGUGGCUCGCAUCCAGAAGCUGGUUGGAGGUAGGGCCAAGCAAUAUGUUGAUGUCAACCAGCCAGAUGAAGAGGGUACCGUGCCGCUAAUAUACGCGAGCUGUUUUGGACAUCAUGAAGUUGUUGCCGCCCUUCUGAACGCUGGAGCUAUCGUGGACAAGCAGGAUCGAAACCAGUGGAGCGCAUUGAUGUGGGCAAUGACCAACCGUCACAAGCAAAUUGCCAAAAUGCUGCUCGAUCAUGGAGCCGACCCUGACAUCAAAUCUUCGUCUGGUGGCACCGCGCUUGACUUCGUCCAACCCGGAUCCGAUUUCUCUCACUACCUGCAUGAGAACGGAUAUCAUUUCGGGGCGUCGAGCUUGGGAGAUGACUUUUACAACUCGGGCUUCUCCCAGGAUCGUUUCGAAGAAGAGAUGGCCGAGAACGAGAUGAAAAGAAGGAUGUUGAUGCAAGAAAGCGCGGCUAAUCUGGAGUCGCCUACUGAUCUUGAGGUGGACGAGGAAGAGUUCAUCUGGGACCGUUGUGUUGGGGACCAGAUGUUUGUGUUCCAAGCAGAUAAGCUGGAUGCCAUAUUUGACCUGAUCAUUACCAAUAUGACGCCGCAACGAUCCCCAUCGCAAAAGCCCAUACCGGCGAACCUCAUCUUUCUCAUGGCGCGUUAUGCACACUAUCACAUGACGGCCUCCCUUCUGGACGAUGUUCUCACCCGAGCCAUGGAUCUCAUCAACGACGUCAUCGAACGCUGCCAGUGGGAUAUGACCAUGUUGGCUUUCUGGAUAUCUAACGCGACUUUGCUCCUCCAUUACCUGAAGAAGGAUGUAGGACUUGUGCAGGCCACAUCCAAGUAUCAGCUUGAGCUUGCAGAGCUGAUCAACGAGACCUUUAUCCUCAUCAUCAGGGAUGCUGAGAGGAGAAUGAACAAGGUUCUGGAUGUCGCAAUGUUGGACCACGAAACCAUACCUGGUUUAGACGACAUUGCUUUCCAAGGAGAAUGGAAGGUCUUCAAGUCCAAGCCUAAAACGAAGGACGAGCCCCCAGAGAAGCGAUUUCGACCUCCCUCACCCAAGCGACGAGCACAAACGUCUCCGCGCAAUAUUACCUCACUGCUGUCUUCCACCCUGUUUGUGCUCGACUUAUACGAUGUUCACUCGGUCAUCACAUCACAGAUCCUGUCUCAGCUGCUGUAUUGGAUUGGUGCCGAGUUAUUCAACCGGGUCAUGACCACAAAGAAAUAUCUUUCGAGGACCAAGGCAAUGCAAAUUCGCAUGAAUGUGUCUGUCAUCGAAGAUUGGGCGCGGACCAACAACCGACAACCCGAACACUACGAGCACGGCUCCACGAUCUCGACUGGAGAGACCACGGUCGACGCUGCGCGACGACAUCUGGCACCCAUUAUUCAACUGCUUCAGUGGCUUCAGUGCUUCAGUUCGCUGGGCGAAGACCAUGAAUCCCUAGUCGGGACUUUGGUCCAACUCCAACGCCUCACCCCGACACAGCUGAUCCAUGCGGUCAAGAAUUAUCGAGCUGAAGUCGGGGAAAAGAGCCUGCCUAAGGCACACAUGAAAUUCCUGACUCAAUUGCAGAGAGGUGAACAGUCGUUGAUCAAAAGACCACUAACGCCCAUGGUUGAGGCCACCGAGUCUGGUACGACGACGCCAGCAGGCCGGAAUGGAACCCCAGCGCCGACGCCAGUAAACAAAGAACCGAGCACGCCUCAGAAAGCGUCUGCGCCUUCGAUAUCCUCGCCAGUCGAGCAGGACACAGAUCCACCAAUGAAUCGAAACGCGCUGACAUUGGACCAGUCUCUCAUGCUACCAUUUUCACUCCCCACCUCGACAGAUAUGCUGAUCAGUUAUGGAGCGGGCAUUGGCGGGACAAACAGGGAGCGAGCGAGGAAAUAUAUCCCAACUGUUCCGGCAGAGGUCCUCAGCAAACUGAAUCUGGAUGGGGAUGGUCGACGGCGGGCAGGGAGCAUCGGAACCAUUGGUACUACAGCCCAGGGCUGGCGAAACAGCGCAUUUUGA